AUGUUCUCCCGUCCAAGCCUCGACCGGGGCUAUGCCCUCGCCCUCGGCCUGGUGGCCACGAGCUCCCUCGUCGCCGCCGGACCUUGCGACAUCUACGCCUCCGCUGGCAACGCCUGCGUUGCAGCCCACAGCACUACCCGCGCCCUCUACAGCGCCUUCACCGGCUCCCUCUACCAGGUGAAGCGCGGCUCCGACAACACCACGACCAACGUCGCGCCCCUGUCGGCCGGCGGCGUCGCCAACGCCGCAACCCAGGACAACUUCUGCGCCGGAACAACCUGCCUCAUCACCGUCAUCUACGACCAGUCCGGCAAGGGCAACCACCUCACCCAAGCCCCCAAGGGUGCCUUCAGCGGCCCCGACCUGAACGGCAUCGACAACCUCGCCAGUGCCAUCGGUGCCCCCGUCACCCUCAACGGCCAAAAGGCCUACGGUGUCUUCAUCUCCCCCGGCACAGGCUACCGCAACAACGCCGCCGUCGGCACCGCCACCGGCGACACCGCCGAGGGCCUCUACGCCGUCCUCGACGGCACCCACUACAACGGCAACUGCUGCUUCGACUACGGCAACGCCGAGACCAACAGCCACGACACGGGCAACGGCCACAUGGAGGCCAUCUACUUUGGCGACAACACCGUCUGGGGCACCGGCGCCGGCAACGGACCCUGGCUCAUGGCCGAUCUCGAAAACGGCCUCUUCUCCGGCUUCAGCCCCAGCAACAACCCCAGCGAUCUCUCCGUGACGGACCGCUUCUUCACCGCCGCCGUCAAGGGCGGGCCCAACGAGUGGUCCCUCCGCGGCGCCAACGCCGCCUCCGGAGGCCUGACGACCUACUACAGCGGCGUCCGCCCCAACAAGACGGGCUACAACCCCAUGAGCAAGGAGGGCGCCAUCAUCCUCGGCAUCGGCGGCGACAACAGCAACGGCGCCCAGGGCACCUUUUACGAGGGCGUCAUGACCCAGGGCUACCCCUCCGACGCGACCGAGAACUCGGUCCAGGCCAACGUCGUCGCCGCCAAGUACGCCACCACCUCCCUCAACAGCGGCAGCGCCCUCACCGUCGGCAACGACAUCUCCCUGCGCGCCACCACCGCCGGCUACACCACCCGCUACCUGGCCCACUCGGGCGCCACCGUAAACACCCAGGUCGUCAACUCGACCAGCAGCACGGCCCUCAAGCAGCAGGCCAGCUGGACCGUCCGCACCGGCCUCGGCUUCAGCGGCUGCUACUCCUUCGAGUCCGUUGACACCCCCGGCAGCUACAUUCGCCACUACAACUUCGAGCUGCAAGUCAGCGCCAACGACGGAUCCAAGCAGUUCGCCGAGGACGCCACCUUUUGCACGCAGUCCGGCAUCAGCGGUACCGGCACCACCUUCCGGGCCUGGAGCUUCCCUACCUGCUUCUUCCGCCACUACGCCAACGUCGGCUACGCUGCGAGGAACGGCGGCGUCCACUUCUUUGACUCGCCCGUUUCGUUCAACGCCGAUGUCAGCUGGGCUGUUUCCACUGGCUUCGCCUAA